AUGCUAGAACGUUUUUCUUUGGUUGUCGGCGGUGCAGCUCUGGGCAUUUUUUCCACCAUAUAUUACAGGCAAAUAUCCUUGCCUUCGCAGCUCCCCGAAAAAGGACCCACCCCACUACCCCUUCUCGCUGAACCUAUUCCUUUUGGUUAUCCGGGGCCGGUUAAUGAUCAAUUGCCAAGAAAAGCCUAUUUCGCGUCUUAUAAUCGAAGAUUGCGUCACCCGGAUUGGGUGUUGGAGCAUAUAACCAAAGAAUCCCUGAAACGCGGUGAAGACGUGGAUCGUUCUAAAUCCCCUUUUCGAGAAGAUUUGGCGAUACCUGAAAUGUUUCGUGCAAAAGUGCUAGAUUAUUUUAAAUCAGGAUUUGACAGAGGUCACAUGGCUCCAGCAGCUGAUGCCAAAACUUCUCAGGACGCGUUGGACGAAACUUUUUUGUUGACUAAUAUUGCUCCCCAAGUUGGUAACGGCUUCAACAGAGAUUAUUGGUCUUUUCUCGAAGAAUUCUGUAGAAGGCUCGUCACCAAAGAAAAUUUCUCGGACGUUUAUGUGUUCACGGGACCUGCUUAUCUACCACGAAAAGAGGAUGGAAAAUUUUAUGUAAAGUAUCAGCUUAUCGGGGAUCCACCAAUAAUUGCAGUUCCCACGCACUUUUACAAAAUAAUCCUGGCGAUCAAAGACGAUAAAAAUAGUUCAAACGGACAAUUACGUGCGUUGGGUUCUUUUCUGGUACCCAAUCAGCGAAUACCAAAUAGCGAUCCGCUGGAAGAUUAUCUUGUCCCGCUGGAUGCAAUUGAGAGAACGACAGGCCUGAAAUUCUUUGAAAAUUUAGAAAAAUCGACGACCAUUCCUCUUUGCAAAGCCGUUAAAUGCCAACUCGUAGCCAACCCCAAAUAUGUCCCCGAAGAAUUAAGAAAUUCGACUUCAGAACAAAAAGCAAUUCCGAAACAAAACGAGAAAACAUCAUGA